AUGCUGGCCUGGAUGCUGGCAGCGACUGCCUUCGCCGAGGACGUCCUUGAACAAAGAGACAGCACCUGGAUUGGAGUGUAUACUUGUCCUCAGCCAAACUGGUCGCCUCAAGACCAGUGCCGAUGGACACAGAUGGAGAUAACCGGCAACAGUCAACAAGGCAAAUGCUACGCCAUCGAUCCAAGCACCUCCGAUAAAUUGUCUUUCGGGCCUGAUCAAGGCAUCUGGUGUAUUUUGUUCACUGGCAAGGAAUGCAGCGGCGAUCAGUCCAAGAUCUACUAUCCAGGCACUCCGUACUUGGGACAGUGGCGAGCGACACACAUGGACGGUGGCGCGAAUCCUACUUCAAAGUUCCAGAGCUUUUCGUGUGGUCGAAGUUGA